UUUCUUUCAUUCUUUUUCAUAAUGUCCUCACGCGAGGAUACACCAAUAUCAGUCGAUGCUGAUGACUUUGCCCUUGACAAUGUCACAGAUUCUAGUCUGAAGGCUUUGUUACAAGAAGAGACCAAAUUGAAGGCCCAGCUAGAUGCCCUCACCACCGAAAUUGCCAAACUUGAAUCUCAAAUCAAUCCAGCGCCUAAAGAAGAAGACGAUGAAGAGAUUGAUAUGGAAGAGUUCGAGGCACCACAAUGGUGCGUGCCCAUAAAAGCCAACGUCAUGAACUUUGACUGGGAUGCACUGGCAGCAGAAACACAGUUCGAUGUCAUCUUGGCCGAUCCGCCAUGGCAGCUUGCCACACACGCCCCCACCCGUGGUGUAGCCAUUGCAUACCAACAACUCCCUGACGUCUGCAUUGAGGAGAUCCCUAUUCCCAAACUGUCCAAGAACGGAUUCAUCUUCAUAUGGGUCAUCAACAACAAGUAUGCAAAGGCAUUCGAGUUGAUGGAAAAAUGGGGUUACAAGUACGUCGACGAUAUAACGUGGGUCAAGCAGACCGUCAAUCGACGUAUGGCCAAGGGUCACGGAUACUAUCUGCAGCACGCUAAAGAAACCUGUCUGGUUGGCAAGAAGGGAGAAGACCCACCGGGAUGCAGGCAUUCGGUUGGAUCAGAUGUGAUCUUUUCAGAACGACGUGGUCAGAGUCAAAAACCUGAAGAGUUGUAUGAGAUGAUCGAAGAGCUUGUUCCUAAUGGCCGAUAUCUAGAGAUCUUUGGCCGAAAAAACAAUUUACGAGAUUAUUGGGUUACUGUUGGUAAUGAGUUGUAGAAGAAAUUUGGGUGGGAUGAAAUGUGUAAGAAAAAAUAAAACACUUGCAGAAAAGCUUCAUACAUAGAUCGAUGUUGGCAUUCUCUGUACGAGCAGGCAUCUGUUCUACGGCAUGGAAGCUUUCUUCCUUCCGUUUUUAGAAGCUCCAUUGUGUAGUGCACUAUCUUGUAACGUAACACUUGCACGUACCCAC